AUGGUCACUGUGUGUCGAACUGUGUUUCAGAUGUACUUGAACUAUUUGGGCAACUAUGUCCCCAAUGCUUGGAACUAUGAACAUGGCUGUAGCCACUGUGAUGACGAUGUUGUGGAUUUGUCUCAGUUGAAAGAGUAUCCAAACGUGUUAGUCGGAGUGUUCAUCGAGCAGCCGACUCCAUUUCUUCCCGAAUUCUUCCAGCGGCUCCUGACCCUGGAUUAUCCCAAGGAUAAACUCAAAGUUUUUGUCCACAACAAUGAGGUUUACCACGAGAAGCACAUCCAGAGGUUCUGGGAGGAGAACAGGAAUGUGUUCGGCAGUUUCAAGGUUGUUGGGCCAGAAGAAAAUCUGAGCCAAGGAGAGGCCAGGAACAUGGGCAUGGACCUUUGCCGUAAGGACGCCACGUGCGACUACUACUUCAGCAUAGAUUCAGACGUCAUGCUCACCAACAGACAGACGGUGAAGCUCCUCAUUGAGCAAAACAGAAAAAUAAUUGGUCCCCUUGUCACUCGUCACAGCAAGCUGUGGUCCAACUUCUGGGGAGCCCUGAGUCUGGACGGUUAUUACGCUCGCUCGGAGGAUUAUGUUGACAUUGUGCAGCGAAAACGUGUGGGUGUGUGGAACAUUCCUUACAUGGCACAUGUAUACCUUGUCAAGGGAAGUGUUUUAAGGAAUGAGCUGAAAGAAAGGAACUACUUUGUUCUGGAGAAACUGGACCCAGAUAUGGCUUUGUGUAGAAAUGCCAGAGAAAUGACCAGUCACAGAGAAAAAGACUCCCCUUCUCCGGAAUCAUUCCAUAUGCUCAGGCCCCCAAAGGGAGUCUUCAUGUACAUAACCAACCGUCACGACUUCGGGAGGCUCAUUUCCACAGCCAAUUAUAACAUUUCUCAUUACAACAACGACUUGUGGCAGAUAUUUGAAAACCCUGUGGACUGGAAGGAGAAAUACAUCCACCCAAACUACACGAGAAUUUUCACUGAGAACUUCCUGGAGCAGCCUUGUCCAGAUGUGUUCUGGUUCCCAGUCUUUUCAGAGAAGGCCUGUGAUGAAAUAGUUGAGGAGAUGGAGCACUACGGCUCAUGGUCGGGAGGCAAACAUGAGGACAAGCGAAUCGCCGGAGGCUACGAGACCGUGCCGACGGAUGACAUUCACAUGAAGCAAAUCGGGUUUGAUAAAGAGUGGCUGCACUUCAUCAGAGAGUUCAUAUCACCCGUCACGUUAAAAGUGUUCUCUGGUUAUUACACGAAGGGUUACGCUUUAAUGAACUUUGUGGUAAAAUAUACACCUGAGAGGCAGGCGUACCUGAGGCCCCACCACGACUCCUCCACCUUCACCAUCAACAUCGCCCUCAAUAACAAAGACUCAGACUUUCAGGGCGGAGGCUGCCGUUUCCACAGGUACAACUGCUCCAUAGAGUCACCCAGGAAAGGCUGGAGCUUCAUGCACCCGGGUCGACUGACUCACCUCCACGAAGGCCUCCCCACCACCAACGGCACCCGCUACAUCGCAGUGUCUUUCAUCGACCCUUGAACCACGUGACAAUAAUGUAAAAUAGUCUUUUGAACCGUGCUUUGCCUCUUCUUUUUUUUUUUCCCCCUCCCAAAGUGUUUGUUUAUGUCAUAUGUUGUUUUGUGCGCCAGAUGUUUUGCUGAUGCAUUUUUUUUUUUAAAGCAACUGCUUUAAAAGAAUAAUUAAUUGCAUUAAAAGAAUCUCUGUCAAACAGAGUGUAGAGCGGCGAGGGAAGUGACAAAUUAACAUUUAAGAUACACAAAUGAGGAAGAAAAAAACCACCCCUUUGAUCGCUAUUGUUUUUCAAAAACCAACAUCUUUCCAGGGAUUAUCCAUACUGUAGGUUGUCGUGCUUUUCCUAAUGCUGAUUUAACGUUGUCAUGGUAACCGUCCAUUCAUUCACACUGGGAGCUUCGCUAACAAAUAGCUGUAGCACGCGAGUGUGCAAGAUGGUCACUGUGUAUCGAACUGUGUUUCAGGUAAAAAUGUCACUGAACGCAUUGACGCGAUGCUUCAGAAACUACUACUGGUGCUCAUCAACAUUCCGCGUUACUGCAUUCGCCGUUCAUGCCAAUUAUUUAAAAGUGUUUAAGAGUUGUUGUUGUUUUUUUUUUUUUUUUUCUACCCUGAAAGGAUUUAUUCAGAAUUU